AUGCAGCAGCAGCCUAGGAGCUGCACAGACAGCUGCAACAGCCACCAAGCAGCUACAACAGCCACCAGGAAGCUGCAACAGCCACCAGGGAGCUGCACAGGCAGCUGCAGCAGCCACCAGGCAGCUGCCAAGGAAACUGCUGCAGCAGCCCAGGCAGCACCCAAGGCAGCUGCAGCAGCCAUUCAAGAAACCGAGUCGCUCAUGCAAUUUUGUCAAGGCAAUGGUGAUGGGUAUGAAGGAGAUGAUGAUGCAAACAUUGAUGAGGCACAACCACAAAACAGAGUAAACAAGGAAUUGACUGUGGAACAAAAAAGAAAUCUUGUUGAUGAGAUAAUGUUGCACAUGGAGGGGGACUCAUUGCCAAGAGGUUUCUUAGCUAAUUUGGCUAGAAAACAUUCAGUGUACAAAUCCACAACAACAAGAUAUUUCAAAUUUAUCAAGCAAUCUCUAGCUCAAGGUAUUCCAGUUGUUGUUGAAAACAAAAAAUUGGGUAGGACAGAACCCAAACCAAAGGUGUACACAGAUGAAUUUCUAACUUCAGUUCCACUCUACAAGAGAGGGACUGAAAGAGGAUAUGCUGCAGCCCUUAAAAUUCCCAAAACAGCACUGCACAGACUAAGGCAACAAGGGAGACUCAGGACACACACCAACACAAUUCAUCCAGCUCUAACAGAGAAGCAUAAAAUAUCAAGACUUAAAUGGGUACUAAGUCACAUUGAUCCAAUUCCAGCACAAGGGGACCCAAACUUCAGAGACAUGCAGCAAUGGAUACAUUUGGAUGAAAAAUGGUUCUACAUUAAUCCAGAGGCAAGGACGUUUUAUUUGCUGCCCACAGAGGAUGAUCCAUACAGGGCACAGCAAUCAAGGAGAUUUAAGAUCAAAGCAAUGUUCAUGGGAAUGAUUGGGAAGCCCUUAUUUGAUGAUCACACCAACAUGGUACGUGAUGGAAAAUAUGGGCUUUUUCCUUUUGUAAAGGAUAUGCUACUCACACAUGUCAUUCCAACAAUCUAUGAGAAGUGGCCAGAACAACUACCAAAGGACAUCAUCAUCCAAUGGGAUAAUGCAAGACCUCACCAAGUUCCAAGAGAUGAAGAAUUUCAUGCAGCAUGUAAUGCAUAUGGAUUCAACAUUGAAUUCAUUUUUCAACCAGCUCAAUCACUAGAAACAAAUGUUCUUGAUUUGGGUUUGUUUAGUGUCAUUCAAUCACUACAAUACCAAUCAUUCCCAAGGAAUCUAGAUGAGCUCAUACAAGAAGUUGCAAGAGCUUUUGAAGAGCUUGAUCCAGUUUUGAACAAGUACACAUGGAUUACACUACAAUCAUGCUUGAUAAAGAUACUAGAGAAGCAAGGUGGGAACAACAUCUCUCCCCCUCACAUGAAGAAGAGAAGUUUGGACAGUCAAGGUCUACUACCACAAUCAUUACAAGUUGAUAGGAAUCUGAUUGGUGAAGUUGUUCAAUUUUUAGACUCAAUCACAGAUAUAGUAGAUGAUCAUGGACACAUGAAAGUGGAUGCAGACUGA